AUGGAUCAGGAUGGCAAUCAGCAGCUCGGACAGUCGCGGAUCCUGGCUCUGCAAACGUCUAAGGAAAUUGAUGAUGUCUAUGAAAAAUAUAAGAAAAAAGAUGAUUUAAAUCAGAAGAAACGUCUACAGCAGCUUCUCCAGAGAGCACUAAUUAGUAGUCAAGAACUGGGAGAUGAAAAAAUACAGAUUGUUACACAAAUGCUCGAAUUGGUGGAAAAUCGGGCAAGACAAAUGGAGUUACAUUCACAGUGUUUCCAAGAUCCUGCUGAAAGUGAACGAGCCUCAGAUAAAGCAAAGAUGGAUUCCAGCCAACCAGAAAGAUCUUCAAGAAGACCCUGCAGACAGCGGACCCGUGAAAGCCAUGAUUUAUGUCACAUGGCAAAUGGGACUGAAGACUGUGAUGAUCAGCCAUCUAAAGAAAAGAAAUCCAAGUCAGCAAAGAAAAAGAAACGCUCCAAGGCCAAGCAGGAAAGGGAAGCUUCACCUGUUGAGUUUGCAGUAGACCCUAAUGAACCUACAUACUGCUUCUGCAACCAAGUGUCUUAUGGGGAGAUGAUAGGAUGUGACAAUGAACAGUGUCCAAUUGAAUGGUUUCACUUUUCAUAUGUUUCACUUACCUAUAAACCAAAGGGGACAUGGUAUUGCCCAAAGUGCAGGGGAGAUAAUGAGAAAACCAUGGACAAAAGUACUGAAAAGACAAAAAAGGAUAGAAGAUCGAGGUAGUAAAGGCCAUCCACAUUUUAAAGAGUUAUUUGUGUUUUAUAUAAUUCAUUUACUUUCAGAAGAUGUUUUAGGGUAAAUGCAUAAGACCAUGCAAUAAUUUUUAAUCAUUAGUAUUAAUGGUGUAUUAAAAGUUGUACUUUAAAAAAAAAAUACAAAGAAUGGACUAACACAUGUGACAAAGCCUGACGCUGCACUGAGGCAGCCCUACUGGCAGCACUCU